AACAUUUCUGGAUACAUUCGCUACCUCCACUGUACCGUACGUGUGUGUCCUGCUAAGCUGACCUGCCGCAGUCCUGUUUCUACUCUUCUUCAUAAUCCCGCAAUUCUAUCCAGUCCCGGCACAGGCAGAGCAAAAUGCCACCGUUAGCGACAUGCUUUCUACUGUUCCUUUUGGUUGCUGCCUACCACAGCGGUGUAUCGGCGAAAGGAAUCAAGCAGAAGCGCCUCAUCAUUGAUCUGAGCGAUCGUUUGCUGACCGUCACCGAUCCUACCGUCUACCACUACCACCAGCGACCCAUAACGACACCCUCCUACCCGACGCACUCCUUCUACUCAUCUGCUGCCGUUGCUCCCUCACCGUACGGCCAGCUACCCUCAACACGAGCCCUCGCUCCCUUGAAGCCGCCAACACUCUUCAACGGCAAUCUGUUCCAAUACUCGAACUACGGCUCUCCGUUCCCCUUCCUCAAUGGCAAUCAUCUUAAUCUGGGUGACGCUGAAACGUACGUUGCCGAUGGACGCAUCCUGAAGCAGUAUUCCGUGAUGGAGUUCCACGCUGAGGAACACGAACGCAACCUGCACCAUGAGCGCCAGCAUCUGCUUCAGAAUGCAAACCCCUUCCGGACACAGUCUCAGCGUGUUCCGUACCCGGCGUACCUUGCCAAAUUCCCCAGCACGUAUGACCCACUUUACACUGGUUCACCGUUCGCAACCCAGCUACCAACGUCCUACCCCCAACUUCCUCAGCUAGCAGACACUUUCAAUCCUCGAUUCGGUGUGCAGCACGAGCAACAGCGUUCACCGUUGCUGACUCACAACCAUGGGCCGAUUGCGCUAGGAUCCGGAUCGCUCGGUUAUAUCCACGGACCAAACGGAGUCACCGUUGGGUCUGGUUCGUUAGGAUACAUAAGCCACCAGCAGCAUCGAGAGACGCUGGCAGAGUUGAUCGAACGCAAAAAGUCCAAGCACCUUCCCGGCCCUCUAACUUUCGGCCAUAACCAUAACUGAAGCACCGCGAGGAUACAGGCUCCACUCGCCUGGAGCAUACAAACAAAUGGUUAUAGUUCAUCUGCUUGUUCUGUUUGAGUUGUUUUUUUCUGUAUCCUUUCAUCUUCCUGACACAAGCAGAUCGAUCGUGGGUGGACAGUGGAAGGUUUGUGCGCUUCACUUUCCUGUGCGCCAUAUAAUGUAUUCAUAGAAGAAUUUAAAAACAAACCGUUGUACAUAGCCGGGUGCCGGUGCAGAACCUAAAUGAGAGGAUUGAGAGUGUACAAAAGAGCUUCUGUACGAACGAA